CGCGGCUUGCCAGUUCGCUCGCCGCAGUUUGGCGGCCGGUCGUGAGGAUGGUGCUUUCUGUGCGUGAACAAAGGGAAAAUAUUGUUUGCAAGUGUAAAGUAGAUGAUGUCGUCUGAGCCCACAAAAGUGAAGGUGGAAUACAUAAACGAGGACAAAACCAGCAAGGAAGGCAACGGCUCACAGUCGCCCCUAGCUCUCCUGGCGGCGACGUGUAGCCGGCUCGGCGCCGCCACCAUGGGACCAGAGCAGCAGCAAGAUAAUAAGGAUCAGCAACAGCAUUUUAGUCCACAGCAACAGCAACAAGCUCAGCAACAACAAGCGCAGCAACAGCAAGCGCAGCAACAACAGGCGCAGCAGCAACAAGCGCAGCAGCAACAGGCGCAACAACAAGCGCAACUCAUACAGCAACAAGUGCAGGGCGAUGCGGCGACUAUUGCCGCGAUACAGCAACAGUACUUGCAACAGCAGCAACAACAGCCGCAGUUGAGGGUUAUUAGUUCUGCUGUGGUGCAACAGUUGAGGGCACAGGGAUUAUCGGGCAAUGAGUUAUCAGCAGCAAUAGUGAACGCAGCAAAUUCGGUUCCAAAUGGAAUUCAAGUGCAACAGCCACAGGUGAUAUCGAUGCAACAGUUGCAGUCGUUACUGGGAGGCGGCGUGGUUUCGGGAGAAGGUGCUACGUAUCAGAACACGCCGCAGCAACUCUUGCAGAUACAUCCGCAGUUGUUACAACAACAACAGGGUGUGUACGGCGGGUGCCUGGUAGGCGGCGUGGGCGGCGUGGCUCCCAUGCAGGCCGUCACCGUCGACGGACAAGAUGCGCUGUUCAUACCCGCACAACAUGCUCAGAAUUUCUCAGGCAUGGGUCAAGUGAGCCUUGUAAACGGCCAGUUGGUGCGGACGCCUGUCCUGCCCGCUGGCUUCCUACAGAACGUCAUGCAUUUACCCACCGCAGAGCAGCAGGCGACCGUCACCAUCCCGGGCACUAACCUUACCAUCCCUAUAAGCGCUUUGACGGGGAACCAACCCAUGAUUACCAUCCCGGGGUCGAACAUAUCUCUGCCGGGGCUUCAGGCCAAUCAGACGAUCACGAUCCCGACCAGUCAGGCGAUAUCCAUCCCGUGUAGUUCCGCCGGAGUCACGCCUGCCGACAAGCAGGCCAACGGGAAAGACAACAAGCCGCCCACCAGCCCCAAUGGACAAGGCGGCAGCGGCGGCAUCGCGGUCCGCGGCGGCGUGGGCGGCAUGGGCAUGGUGCCGGUGCAGGUGCCGGUCAGCGUGGCGAACGGGCACACGGUGUACCAGACCGUACAUCUGCCCGUACACGCGCCGCAGCACUUGCAGAUUAUACCGCAAUUGCAACAGAUGCAAGCUCAACCUCAGAUGGCGAGUGUGUUAACGCCAUCAGGACAAAUUCAGCAAAUACAAAUAGCGUCACUGGCUAAUGUGCAGCAGGGCGGCGGUGCGCAGGGCGGAGGCAACGCUGGCCAGUCUCCUGCCACCAUCACGUUGCAGGCGGUCUCGAACCCCAUGCAAGCGGACUCUGGGAGCAUGCAGCAGCAACAACCUUCCCAGACGAUUAUAACAAGCACUCCCACCGGCCAGCAAGUCACCGUCAUUCCCGCAUCGAGCAAUGUUCCUACGCUGGGCGUGGGUGGCUUGGGUGGUGCCGUGCAGUUGGUACCAGCUCUUGGGCUGCCAGGAGUACAGCUGGCUCAGUUGCAGCAGACACAGCCUCAAGCAGCACAGCCUCUCAUAGGCCAACAAAUCCAGCAAGACCCCAACGAGCCGGGCAAGUGGCAAGUGGUGACGACCCACACGACAAGCGGCGGCAGCGCGGCCACCACGCCGCAGCCCGCCGAGUGCGAGGCCGCCAAGAUGCGGCCCUCCAGCCCGGGCCAGGGCAAGCGGCUCAUGAAGAGGGUCGCUUGUACGUGUCCCAACUGUGACCAGGGAGAGAAUAGACUAAUGGAUCGCAAGAAGCAGCACGUUUGUCACAUAGCCGGCUGCAACAAGGUGUACGGCAAGACUUCGCAUCUGAGAGCUCAUCUGCGCUGGCAUUCUGGAGAGAGGCCGUUCCUUUGCAAUUGGCUGUUUUGUGGGAAGAGGUUUACCCGAUCGGAUGAACUCCAACGUCACAGGCGAACACACACAGGAGAAAAAAGGUUCGAAUGUCCCGAGUGCCGGAAGAGGUUCAUGCGGUCAGACCACCUCGCCAAACACGUGCGGAUACACACCAAGAAUAGAAUUACGGAGGUAGCAACAUCAACGCAAUCAAUGUACUCAGACUCCGGCGACGAUAGUUGCGACGAGAAAAUGAUGCUCACCAUAGAAACCGUUCACAACGAGGGCGACGGAGAAGACAAGAUGGUGCUUCGCCCCAGUCCCAAGAUGGAGCCCGACCACAUCGACAGCUAGGACUCGAGCAGCGACGAAUAGACACGUCGCUGUAAACAUUGGUGAUAGAAAACAUUUAAAGAAAAUUCCACCUUAUGAGGUCAGUCUUAGAGGUGUUUUUUCUAAUGCGUAGUUACCUGCAACCCUAUGGGAGUGAGGUCGGAAUUUUAAAGAGAAGCUGUCUUUUGUUUUUUUGACAGUUGAUUUGUAUUUGUAUGGCCAAGAUUUUGUCAAAUAUAAGACCAGUUUAAGGUCUUUUUACCGGAUAGAAACAUCGAUAGUUUUUGGUACAUCUCUAGACUGCAAUUUUUGUUGUCGCUUUUGCGAAUGGUUCAUAAAAUUAAAUCUGUAAUGGCUGCCAGAUUAUCCGUCGAUGUUUUUAAUCCGCGUACUAUAAAAGUCUAAAUCUUGGUACUUGAAUGUUGCAAUAAAAAGACAAAAUUAUGAACACAUUAUAAUUACUUCAAUUUUUGAGUUUUGAACCUAAACGAUAUGAAAUUAUAAAACUUUAGGUUGUUAAAGAAUACGCAAGUGAAAAACGAGAUUAUCUAUGUAUUUAAUAUUUGUUAGUGUAUGUCGUAUUUUUAUAUGUAUUGUUGGAAGAUUUAUUUAUUGAACAUCAUUAUACUUUGGAACCGCCUGUACGAAAUAUGUGAAUUAUUGAAAAGUUGGUAGCAACUAAAAUUUUCUUCUCAGCUUAUUAGCUAGUCUGAGAAUUUUGUUUUUAACUAAAAUAAUACACUUUGUGAUAGUACACUAUGUAUGAAGUGAAUGCAACAAGUUGGUGAAUCAAAAGUUACCUGUGUUUUUGCACAGUAGACGUGGUUUUUUACUGAAAUGCUACUGCGCAGCCAAAUUGCUGUCCCAUUCUUCAGAAGGCAUAAUACAAUAUUCAGAAGAUACAAUCUGAUAUGCCAUAUUAUCAGAAACAAGUUUCUAUCAUUUUAAACUCGGUAUUUAUUUGUAUAGGAACAAUUAUACAAUAGAUAAUGAAUUAAAACAAUAAAAUUAGCCAAAAUUAAUGAAUUGAAUCAAAGAACUUCCCGUUUGUACAAACAUAGAUGUUGCUUCGGUCAGUUUAAACUUAGACGCACCCGUAGCAUGAGUUUACCUACAAUAUUCACAGACGGUACUUAUAAGAUUAACAUUAACUAUUUAAAUACAUUAUGUACAUUUUGCUUAGAUAUAAUUUUAAUAAAAAAAUGAAACAGCAACAUUAGGCUAAUUUUUUGGCAAAAUAAUAAAAUUGAUAUUAAGGAAUUUAUUGUUUUCAGUUAAAACUGAUUGUUAGGGAAAAUAUUUGUAAUAAAAAUUGUGUCAUAUUCGAAUAUAAAUAUGUUUAGCAAUUGGUCUGUGAUCCCAAAUUUCGUGUAGUUGUGAUUCGUUAAUUUUGCUGUUUCGUUUGACGCAUUGUACUUACUUGUAAAUUGUAAAUAUCAUGUAAGAGAAUCUAAAUAAAUAUAAAGCAAUUCAUUGUAUAUGUCUUGUUAGGUAUAUAAGAUAUAUUUUUGUACAUACUCUACAAAUGAAUAAUGCCAUAACAUAGCUUUUUAAAGUCAUUCCAGAGGGGACUAUGUUAAUUUAUUUAGAUGGCAUUGAAUUGUAAUAUUAUGCAUAUAUAUUGGGAAUCUGAGGUGAUUUAUGUUGAAUAAGUCAGACUGGCUAUAUUAGCCAAUCUGCAUCUACUUCCUUACUAAUAUUAUUAAUGCGAAAGUAGGUUUGUCAGUCGGUCCGGGCUUUCAUGCCAAAAUUACCAUACCGAUUUAAAUGAAAUUUGGUAUAGAGAGAGUACAGCUAGAGUCUGAGAACAUUUUAUCCGGGUGCGGGAAACGUAUGGAACCACGGUUAACAGCAUGCAGGUACACUAUAGCUCAGUUAAAUUUGUAGAUUUAUUGAUUAAAUAAAAUAUACCAAGCACAAGGAAUUUCGUGUUAAUUCUCAAUUAGUUAUCUGGUGUAGGUAAAAAAAUAUUAAUAAAGGUAGAACUUCUAAUACUGUAUUUCACCAAGCUUAUGUCAUAAUUAUUUUUAUACAUUCACUGCACAUAUUUAGACAGGUAUUCUAACACCAUAUUUAUUAUGUUCAAACAUGCAGUUAUGAGAACAGCCAAAUGGCUACGAAACGAAAUAAAAAAUUAUGAGUAGUAUUUAAAUAUUAGUUUGCUGUUAAGAAUUGGAUUAUAAGCGACUUAAAAUACGCACAAAUAUAAUUGUAAAUUGUUCAAAGUUUAAAUUAAAAAUUGUUUUGAGGAGUUUGUAAUAAACUAUAACAAAUCCCGUGUCAUGGCGUGAUCAAUUGAAAGUCUAAUCAAUAUCUGAAAACAAAAUUAAUAAAAGACAACAAUUCUCAAUUGUCAAAUUACUUUUAGGCAUCAAGAAAAUCGUAAUUUUUUGACUAACUAUCGAAAAUGCGGAAGUCACAUAAAAAUUAUCCAAAUUCUACUACGAGAGAGAUACAGGUGCAUAAAAUGUUUCACGGAUAUCACUACAUCUCUUUUGCACUAAAAUCUGGAACUACACACAAUGUGGCAUGUAUAUUCAAAUAGUAUUUCUGGAUGGGUUAUAUAUUUUUUGCCUGUAAAAAGGACCAUAUGUGCGUUUUACAUCGAAUCGGAAGCUGGGUCCAAUUUCACCGCUUAUUAUAUUUUAUCACUGUCUGUAAAUAUGUACUAGAAUAAAUUAUUCCCCCUUCUCUGUAUUUUGUAAGUUGUAAAUAAUUUUAUUUGUUGAACGGUUAAAUAAAAUAUUUUUUAUAUUA